AUGGACGACAUACAUCCCUCACGCACAUACAAGGUGCUUCCGGUGCCCCAGGUGCCCCAGAUACCGAUGCUGCAGCGCGAGACUGCGUCUAUCCAGCCAGAGAAGAUCGAUACGCGCAGCGCUCGCAAUCUCCUGUGCAAGGUCUUCAAGAAACCUUACGCCCAUCCACCUGCUGCGAAGAAGUUGCAGGCUAAUCAUGUUCAAUUCCUACUUGAGACGCCUAUCGGUCGCGACUUCAAUCUGAUUACCGCCGCUGGUGUGGAGUUCAAAGUACAUUCUAUCAUGUUGAUUGGCGGCCCGAAGGCAUUACAGGAGGGACUGUUCCCUGGUGGUGCAACAAUUCCAAACCCGCCAGAGUUCGUCAAUCUGCCGCCUCACUUCCAUCCUAUCCUCAUGGACCGAAUCGUCAACUUCAUCUACACAUCGGACUACCUGGUCGUCCGGGACGGUAGCAAGCAGCUCAUUCAGAAGAACUUCAAGUUCUAUCACGCAACUGUUAUUCCAGAUCUCAACCCGCCCACCGCCGCUACUACCGCUCUAGUCGACAUCCAUGACUACACCUUCCAUCUCCACAUGUACGCUUUGGCUGAAGAGCUAGACUACGACGCGCUGAAGUCAGCUGCCCACACUAAGCUCGUCCAGCUCUUCAUUAACGUGCGCAACGAAACUCCCUCCGCGAUCAAAGACGCCAUCAACGCUACCUUUGCCCCGUUGGGUAGCCCAGCUCGUAUCUGCAAAGACGAAGACGGCAUGUUGCAGCAACUAGUCGUAGCAGCCGUCCUCGCGCACGAAUUCAAGACCUGGACCGAACUAGACCAAAAAGCAUUCAGUGACGACAUCCAAGGUCCUGAGUACGCCGACUUCCGCAACUCCUACAACAUGGUCAAGGGCGCCAACCAGGAUCUAAUUGAGAUCGGAGAUACUGCUAGGUCAUUGGCAGCGGAGCGCAAGGCGGGUAUGGAGCGCAGGAGGGCAGCUAAGAAGGCCGGUGUUGGAAACGUGGAUCAGAGUAAGCUCAUGGUUGGAGGCGGCUCGCCUUUGAGCGUGUUGAGCGCGCGGCCUGCAAAUAUGAAGGAUAAGUUCAAGAGGCGCGUAGAGAAGCGGGGCGUUAGUUCUGUUGCGAAGGUGGAUGGAGAUGAGGAUAUGGAUAUGGAGGUUGACUAG